UCACAUUAGAACUCCACCUUGGCCACAAGCGCUGGUCCUAAGAAAGGCAGGGCCUUAAUAAACCCCCAUCAAUCAGAGUUGAGGGUGUGUCACAUACGAGCUUCAUGAUGAACUGAGCUUUGGUUCCUUGUGACUCACUUCAUCGCUUCUCCUCUCUCUGGUUUUCAGCGUAAGCGACCGACUUUGUGUUUCAUCGCAGGGGGAAAAAGUCUUAAAAGUUGUUGUUGUUGGUUUUUUUUCCCUGAAACUAAAGCGACUGGAUAUAUCGCUGAUUUGGUCGCCAUGGGGGAUUUGAUCUCAAGCCACCUGGAUGAAGGCAAACGCGAGAUCAUUGCAGCGAAAACAAGCGAAGUCCUGGGCGAGUUCGGGCGUCUCUACGAGCAGCAGUAUGCCGUGGCGCUUUUUAACAAGGUUCGCUAUGACGUGGAGGGAGGAGGAGGACCUCAGCCUCAGCUCCUGCACCGCAAGGUGCCUCUAGAAAACAAGUCAAUCUUCUCCGGGAUGCUGCUUCAGUACAUUGAGGAAAGCAAAAAAUGGCGGAAUCGCUUCCUCUUCGUCCCAGAUUCGUACAGGAUCAGCUUCUACGAAAACAAACAGGCCCAUGAUCGAGGCCUUCAUCCCAAAGGAAGCAUCAACUGUGCUGGUUUCAAAGUGCUGAAGUCAAUGGAGAAGUACCUGGAGCUCCUGGACACCAGCCUUCCUGAUGUAAAAGCCAAAGUAAGCAGUUCUCCCUUCCUGAAAUGUGCCACUCAGUACCCGGUUAUCCUGUGGCACCCGUACGGACGCCAUCACUACUUCUGUGCAGCCACGGAGAAAGAGCAGGAGAAGUGGCACGCUGUGUUUCAGGAUUGCGUCCGUCAUACCAACAACGGCCUGUCGGAGGAAUGUAAGGUUCAGACCCCGGCGUUUACAGACGCAGUGCGACUCUACCGCCAGGCCAACGGUCAGUACGGGACCUGGGACAUGAUGUGUGGUGAACCUCCCCAGAUCUUGGCUAACUUGGUGAUGGAGAAGCUGCUUCCUGAGCUGAGAGACCAAAUUAGUCCACGUCUGAAGGGAAAGAUGCAGGAAAGGCAGAAGAACUGGACGCUGAUCGCCGAUGCCGUAUACAGUCUGGUUCAGAGUCAAACACAGCCUCAGUACGAGGCCAUAGUGCAGCGCUGUGAGGCAGGACGUCCCCCUCUGGAGGCUUCCAUACGCACCGACAUGGACCAGAUCAUCACCUCUAAGGAGCAUGUGACCAAUAAAGUCAGAGCUCUGGUGGUGCCCAAGGCUGAGAAGCUCCUGAAGGUGAGCAUCGAGCCGUAUAUCGGCUCCAUCCUGGAAGCCCUGAUGGAACCCACCAGCCGAGGCUUCUUUGAGGUGCGAGAUGUUUUCUUCAGAGAGCUGGUGGAAAUGAGCAAGAACCUGCUGAACGGCGGCAACAAAGAGAAGCUUGGAGAGUAUAUGGAGAAGAUCUCCAUGCUGGCCUACCACCCGGUGAAGAUGCAGUGCUGCUAUGAGAAGGUGGAGCAGCUGAGUCUGGAGGGCCUGCAGCAGCGCUUUGACGUCACCAGUCCGUCCGUGUUCGUCCAGAGAGCCCAGAUCCUCAUGAGAGAGCAAAUGGAUGAUGCCGUGUACACGUUCGAGCAGCUGCUCCAUCAGAAUCUGGAGGGUCAUGAGGAGGAAGAUCUCUGCAAAACCAUCCAGCGGUGCCAGGACCGUGUCAUCAAGAAAUAUGACUAUGACAGCAGCACUGUGCGUAAGAGGUUCUUCAGAGAGGCUCUACUGCAGAUCUUUAUCCCCUACAUGCUGAAACAGCUCUCUCCAUCCUGCUCUGCUGACCUGCCUCGUUUCCAGGAGCUGAUCUUUGAGGAUUUUUCUCGUUUCAUCCUGGUCGAGAGCAUCUUCGAGGAGGUGGUGCUUCAGACAGUCAUGAAGGACAUCAUGAUGGCUGUGAAGGAGGCUGCCGUUCAGAGAAAACACAACCUGUACAGGGACAGCAUUGUGCUGACCAACAGCGACCCCAACCUCCACCUGCUGGGUGAUAACCCGUCCAUCGACUGGGCGGGAGAGUAUGGAGAAAAACAGGAAGUGGAUGGAGAGCAUGAAGGAGAUUCAGCAGCCCAGAAGAGACGCAGGAUGAAACAAGUGGUCUCCAUGAUCCAGGUGGACGGACACAACGCGACACUACCCAAUGAGUCCUGCUUGGAGGUUCCCAGCGUUCACGACAUCCCUGAAGAACAGGGUGAGGGAGAUUCUGACGCACAGUCCUCUUCUGUAUCUGAAAAGGCAGUACCUGUCAAAGAGGAGGUCAGUGGGUCAUCGUCUAAGGAAACGGCACCUGAUUUACCUAAUGGUACUGCACCAAAACUUGACAAAAAGGAACCUGCAUUAAAGUCUCCACAGGACUCUGAGAGCAAGCUGGCCAUAGAGAGCGCAAUCCAGCAGAUCGAGGACGCAGUCCAAGGAGAAGAUGGGGAGCAAAGUCCAGAUGGAACUGCUCCGGGGAAAACUGAGGAAACCAUCAGCGCUAAAGCAGAAGCAAAUAGUGCCCUUCCAAAAGAGGCACCGCCUGUAAACCUGGAGGACCAAACUGCACCGUCAAGCACAGAGGAACCUGCAAAAGAUCAAGAAACCAUCACGAAACCCAAGCAAGAAGAGCAAACGGAUGCUGUAGAGAACUCUUCAGACUCGCACACGGAACCUCAGCAGCACAACACCGACACAGACAGCGGCUUCCAGUCUCCAGCCAAUGAGACAGCCGAGGAGGAAGAGCUGCAAGCUGCCACGGCAACGAUGGAGGUGGGACAAGAGAAACACAGUGACUCUGAAAAGGGAGGCGAGGAUGCUGAGAAAGGAGCUGACACACUGACAACGCAGACAUAGACCGCACUAAUUAAACAAUUGUUUGUUUGUUUUUUUGUUUUUUUUUUAUGGAAAAUGCUAGAAACACCAGCCCACUGCUCACAGAAGUGAUAGUUUUACAGAUGAGGGUUUUUUUUUUUUUUUUUUUUUGUUUUUUUACGGUGGUUGGUUUGUUUACACAGAAAACAUCUCUCACACUUCCUUUACAGCUAAGAGUCUGUUUUUGAUUCUUUAAAAAAAAAAAAAAAAAAAUCAGAUCUUACCUAUUUCACAUUUCACUUUAUUUUUAUUUUUUUCACAUAUUUGUAUUGCUGUCACUCAGAUGGGCUCUGACAUAUAUACGUAUAAAAAUACACAAAUGUGUCACAAAUAUCAUUUGCUGAAUAUUGUGCUGUUGCAAAAAGCUGAGAAAUGGGAUGCUUUCACCAAUAAGACUGCUUAACCCUGUAUAACUGACUCCAUGCCUUAUAAUCGUAUGCAAUUUUAUUCCACCCCCCCCCUUUUUUUUUUAAUACAAGUCUUUCUUAGACCCAAACUGAAAACACUGAAUUUUAUUUUUGCUAGUCCUUUUUAUAUAGUUUUACUUCUGUUGGGCCUGCUAUAUAAUUUCUUUGUGAAUAUCCAGAGAUGUCCUGUACUUCUAUAUGGUUAGAUAUUAAAAAGAAAACCUUAUUCAGCAUUAAGUUAAACAAUUAUCUUUCUUUAUACUCAAACUAAAUUUCAUUACUGUCGAUUGUCGUAUGUAGCACGUGUCUGGUCCUGUAAGACUUUCACACUGGCUGUUAUUCAUGCUGUGGUAACUGGAGAUGGGUAUGAUUCGACCAGAAACAUUAUACAUUAUAAGAAUAAACUGUAGUAAUAGGAAACCUGCAAGUGUUACCUGGGGGCUUUGGCUUUCAAACUGAAAUGACAGUCAAAAUUGUUAAAUGGGCAAAUAUGUAAUUAUUGCAUCAACCUAUUGUUCAAAAUGUUUAUUUAUUAUCUGAUGCACUUCAUUGCCUUCUUUGUUUCAUUGAAAAUGAUCUACAAUAAAUCAAUUAGAUUUGA